GAGAGGCCGUUAGUCGCGCGCACGCUUCUCCAAGAUGGCGGCCGUGAAGGAUGGUUGUACAUUAGGAGAAGCGGCCGCAGGGAACGGGCGGCGGCUCCACCUAGGGAUUCCUGAGGCCGUGUUUGUGGAAGAUGUAGAUUCCUUCAUGAAACAGCCUGGGAAUGAGACUGCAGAUACAGUGCUAAAGAAGCUGGACGAACAGUAUCAGAAGUAUAAGUUUAUGGAACUCAACCUUGCUCAAAAGAAAAGGAGGCUGAAAGGUCAGAUUCCUGAAAUUAAGCAGACUUUAGAAAUUCUAAAAUACAUGCAGAAGAAAAAAGAGUCCACCAGUUCACUGGAGACCAGAUUCUUACUGGCAGACAACCUGUAUUGUAAAGCUUCCGUUCCUCCUACUGAUAAAGUGUGUCUUUGGUUGGGGGCUAAUGUAAUGCUUGAAUAUGAUAUUGAUGAAGCCCAGGCAUUAUUGGAAAAGAAUUUAUCAACUGCCACGAAGAAUCUGGAUUCUCUUGAGGAAGACCUUGACUUUCUUCGAGAUCAGUUUACUACCACAGAAGUCAAUAUGGCCAGGGUUUAUAACUGGGAUGUAAAAAGAAGAAACAAAGAUGAUUCUACCAAGAACAAAGCAUAAUGCUGGCAA